GUGUUCUCAGUGUAUGAAUGUUGAUUACGCAUCGCGACGCCGAGAGCCCGCCCCUUUCGGCUGCCCGACGCAGGCUGCUCGCGCUCGGGCUCGCGAUGGGGAAGAAGUCCCGGGCGGUACCCGGCCGCAGGCCUAUUCUGCAGCUGUCCCCGCCGGGUCCCCGGAGCAGCACGCCCGGACGGGACCCGGAGCCGGAGCCCGACACCGAACCGGACUCGACGGCUGCGACCCCCAGUCAGCCAGCCCCAGCGGCACCGCCGACGACGACCGCGGUGCCUGCUGCUGCGGCUCCAGACGACUCGCCUUCAGAAGAUGAAAAGGAAGUGGUCGUGGAGGUUCCCAGAGUUGCUCAGACUCCUCCAAAACCAGUCAUGACCGCCAGACCCACAGCUGUUAAAGCAACAGGAGGUCUUUGCUUACUUGGUGCAUAUGCUGACAGUGAUGAUGACGAGAGUGAUGUUUCAGAAAAACCAGUACAGUCAAAAGAGGCAAAUGGAAACCAGUCAUCCGAUAUCGACAGUACAUUGGCCAACUUCCUAGCGGAGAUUGAUGCCAUAACAGCACCUCAGCCUGUAGCUCCUAUUGGAGCUUCUGCUCCGCCUCCAACUCCACCACGACCAGAACCCAAGGAAUCAGCAACAUCUGCCCUUUCUUCCACUACUUCAAAUGGAACAGACUCAACCCAAACGUCAGGGUGGCAGUAUGACACUCAGUGUUCACUGGCAGGAGUUGGAAUUGAGAUGGGAGAUUGGCAGGAAGUCUGGGAUGAGAACACAGGAUGCUAUUAUUACUGGAACACGCAAACAAAUGAAGUUACUUGGGAGUUACCCCAAUAUCUUGCUACCCAGGUACAGGGAUUACAACAUUAUCAACCCAGUUCUGUAACAGGUGCUGAAUCUAGUUUUGUAGUAAACACGGAUGUAUAUACUAAGGAGAAAACUAUUUCUGUUUCCAGUAGUAAAAGUGGACCAGUCAUAGCCAAGCGAGAAGUUAAAAAGGAAGUAAAUGAAGGAAUUCAGGCUCUCUCAAAUAACGAAGAGGAAAAGAAAGGGGUAGCAGCAUCCCUAAUUGCUCCUUUAUUACCUGAGGGAAUAAAAGAGGAAGAAGAAAGAUGGAGAAGAAAAGUAAUUUGUAAAGAAGUAGAACCAGUUUCAGAAGUGAAGGAAGCAAGUACAACAGUAGAAGAAGCAGUAACAAUAGUAAAGCCACAGGAAAUUAUGAUGGACAAUAUGGAAGACCCUUCUCAGGAGGAUCUAUGCAGUGUUGUUCAAUCUGGAGAAAGUGAGGAGGAAGAGGAACAAGAUACUCUUGAGCUGGAGCUAGUUUUGGAAAGGAAAAAAGCAGAGUUGCGAGCCUUGGAGGAAGGAGAUGGUAGUGUGUCAGGGUCUAGUCCACGUUCUGAUAUCAGCCAGCCAGCAUCUCAAGAUGGAAUGCGUAGACUUAUGUCUAAAAGAGGAAAAUGGAAGAUGUUUGUUCGAGCUACCAGUCCAGAAUCUACUAGCCGGAGUUCUAGCAAAACUGGGCGAGAGACUCCAGAAAAUGGAGAAACUGCGCUUGGCGCUGAAAACUCAGAAAAAAUACAUGAGAAUUCAGAUAAAGAAGUGGAAGUAGAAGAAUCUCCAGAGAAAAUAAAAGUACAAACAGCGCCUAAAGUAGAAGAAGAACAGGAUUUGAAAUUUCAGAUUGGAGAACUGGCAAAUACCCUGACCAGUAAAUUCGAAUUUCUCGGCAUUAAUAGACAGUCCAUCUCCAACUUUCAUGUGCUGCUCUUACAGACAGAGACUCGGAUUGCAGACUGGCGGGAAGGGGCUCUUAAUGGAAACUACCUUAAACGAAAACUUCAGGAUGCAGCAGAACAACUAAAACAAUAUGAAAUAAACGCCACUCCUAAAGGCUGGUCCUGCCACUGGGACAGGGAUCAUAGACGGUAUUUCUAUGUAAACGAACAUUCGGGCGAGUCUCAGUGGGAGUUCCCAGAUGGUGAGGAGGAAGAGGAAGAAAGCCAAGCACAAGAAAGUAGAGACGAGACUCUUCCUAAACAUAUUUUGAAAGACAAAACUGGCACUGACUCAAAUUCUGCAGAAUCCUCUGAGAAUUCCACAGGUUCUGUUUGUAAAGAGUCCUUUUCUGGCCAAGUUUCUUCUUCAUCACUCAUGCCGCUUACUCCAUUUUGGACCCUCCUUCAGUCAAAUGUGCCUGUGCUUCAACCUCCACUACCCUUGGAAAUGCCACCACCCCCACCUCCACCCCCGGAAUCUCCUCCUCCUCCUCCCCCCCCACCUCCUCCUGUAGAAGAUGGUGAAAUCCAGGAAGUAGAGAUGGAGGAUGAGGGAAGUGAGGAGCCUCCUGCCCCAGGAACAGAGGAGGAUACUCCUCUGAAAUCUUCGGGACAAACUAUAGUUGUAACUAGCCAGAGUUCAGUUGAUUCUAGCAUCUCUAGUUCUCCUUCCACUAAAGCGGUAAAGAGAAAAGCUACAGAAAUUAGUACCGCAGUAGUUCAGAGAUCAGCUACCAUUGGCAGUUCUCCUGUCCUCUAUAGCCAGUCAACUAUAACUACAAGUCACCAGGUGACGGGAAUUGGUCACCAGACCACAGGAAUUGGACACCAGGCAAUAUCUGUUAGCCAUCCGGCCACGGGAAUUGGACAUCAGGCCAGAGGAAUGGGCCUACAGUCAAAUUUCCUAGGACUUGCAGCAGCACCUGCAAUUAUGAACUAUACUGAAUGUUCUGUUCCCAUUGGAGUGACUGCUCCCACAUUGCAGCCAGUCCAAGCCCGAGUUGCUAUGCCUACUACCACCACCAUUAUAGAACCACCACCUCCUCCCCCUCCCCCUCCACCACCACCACCACCAGCUCCCAGAAUGCCACCUCCAGAGAAGACGAAAAAAGGAAAAAAGGAUAAGGCAAAAAAGAGUAAAACCAAAAUGCCAUCUCUGGUAAAAAAGUGGCAGAGUAUCCAGCGUGAGUUAGAUGAAGAGGAGAAUUCUAGUUCCAGUGAAGAGGACCGGGAAUCUACUACACAGAAACGAAUUGAAGAGUGGAAACAGCAGCAACUGGUCAGUGGCAUGGCAGAAAGAAAUGCUAAUUUUGAAGCCCUUCCUGAGGAUUGGCGAGCAAGACUAAAAAGAAGGAAAAUGGCUCCAAACACAUAAUUUUUUAAUUAUUUUUUUAUUUUUAUUGUUUGUUUUGUUUGUGUUCAUUUCAGAGUCUUACUAUAAACUAUAAAUGUUACAGGAGAGAACAUAAGAAUUUUCUGGACCAAGAGCAUACAUGUACAAAGUUGUCAUAUUUGUGAAAUUUAAAUUUUCUGUUUUGCUAAAGGGUGAGGUCAUUGAAAUUGCUUUGACCUGGCUGCCUUUACUUUCACACUGGCUAGCUCAGCAUGUUGGGUAUAUUAACCUCAUCAAUUUUGAACAUGUGGGUUAUAAGAAUGACACUUCUGUAGAUGAUUCGGUGAAAAAAAGUGAAGGAUUUUCCUGCCUAAUAGGAGUGAAUUUAGUUCUUCUACUAAAUAAACUUCUUCUCACAACAAGUGCAAUUAAGAAGGCAGUUCUGUAUUCCACCUUCCUUAACUGGGAUCUUUUUAUUGGAAUCUUUUUCUGACUUCUAGUCUGCCAGCCCUGAAGUGGUGAGGUCUGUCAGGUUGUUUUGCUUGUGCUGACAAAUAGCACACUCCAGAGUAGUUCUUUUUCACAAAUUCUAGAACUGAGAGCUCAGUCAUUUCCACACCAGGUGGCAUAUUUAAAAUUAAGUCAGCAGCAGCAGGUGUUCAUGUCCUUAAUUUUGAGAAUUCUCCCCUUAAAUAUGUGGCAGUAAAUGUAACAGGCGCUACUCGAUGUAUUAAUGUAUCUUCAUUGUCCUAUCCAGUUCCAAAAUUCGCCUGCCUUCUUUGUGUGAAUGUAUUCUCCAUAAAUUUCCAGUAUUUAAAAAAAAGCAGUUUACUGUUCUAUACUUUCUAUUGUAUCACAAUCAGGUAAAAGUCACUUUAAACUGAAGAAAAGGCAAAUUGUGUUUUAAAGUUGUUUGUAUUUCUCCAGUUUCCUUGUAAAUUUGUAUAUAUGCACUAAUAAAGCUUUUUUUAUACUUCUA